AUGGCCACCCUACCCCUCUCCCCUCUCCUUUUCUUCGUCACCAUCUCAUCUCACCUCGCCUCCUCAACUGCCGCCAGCGCCCACUACCUCGAGGCUGCAUGCAACGUGACGCGGCACCGCGCCCUCUGCAUGCGCUCUCUCGAAUCCUUCUCCCACUCAGCAGCCUGGAAGCAGAAGAACCCAUGCUGGUGGGCGCGCGGGGCGGUCGCCGUCACGCUGACCGAGGCCAACGACGUCGGCCGCUACCUCGCAAAGAUGAAGCAUGGCGGAAGGACGCGAGGGGGGAGGGCCGGGAGGGCGAUGGCGGACUGCGUCGAGUGCUUCGGGGAUGCAGUGGCGGAGCUCCGCAGCUCUCUCGGGGAGCUCCGGCGGCUGGAGAGGGGGACGUUCGAGUACCAGAUGAGUAACGUGGAGACCUGGGUCAGCGCAGCGCUCACCAACCAGGAUACUUGUCUUGAUGGGUUUGGUGGGUACAAGGGGAAGGAGGUGGGGGAGGUGAAGGCUAAGGUCCUGAAUGCUACGUAUCUCACUAGCAAUGCAUUGGCUCUGGUUAAUAACCUGGCGUCUUCUGGAGCCUGGAGGAAUUAG